AUGACAUCUGCCGAUGCAACAUCAACCACUACAACUCUCGUUGUUGGUGCUACUGGCGCCACAGGCCGAUGGGUCGUCAAGCUUCUCUUGGACCAAGGUCAAAACGUAAAAGUUGUGGUCCGUUCCAAGAAGAAAAUGCUGAACAUUCUGGAAGAAAUGGGAACUAAGGACGCCGAUCGCCUUUCUAUCACAGAAGCUUCCCUGCUGGACCUCUCUGAUGCCGAAAUGCAAGAUCAAGUCAAGGAUUGCAAUGCCGUGGUUUCCUGCUUGGGACAUACCCUCGACUUUAAAGGCUUGUGGGGACAUCCACGAAAACUCGUCACACAAGCCACUAAAAGGCUCACGGCUGCCAUUGCUGAGGCAUCAUCAUCAUCAACUACCAGUGGCAACAAUCAGAAAACCAAAUUCAUAUUGAUGGGGUCAGAUGGUGUCGCAAAUCCCAAUGGUCAAGACGACAAGCGAACAUCUUUGGAGCGAACCAUCAUUGUCUUGCUUCGACUGCUCAUCCCCCCGCACCCAGACAAUGAAAAGGCAGCUGCCCACGUUCACUCUUUGGGCACCAACCACAAUAAUCUAGAAUGGGCCGUUGUUCGACCCACGGACUUGAUUGAUGGAGAACCGACUGGGUAUUUCCAAUUGUUUGACAAACCACAGGGAGGCCUCUUUGGUGCCGGAGUCGCUACCCGGUCUCAUGUGGCACAAUGCAUGGUGCAGUUCAUUCUCGACCAAGAGAAAUGGGAAAAGUACAAGGGCACAAUGCCCGUCUUGCAUGACAUUCCUACAGCUGCCAAGUCAGAAUUGUAA